AAAUAUUUAUCAGUUUUUAUUUUAAUAAUUUUUAUUGUGUAACAAAACAUAAUUUCCAUUUUCUUUCCUGUAUAUUAAAAUUUUAUACUUUUGUGACAGACUACAGAAUUCAUUAAUUUCCUGCACUUUGAUACAUAGUUUAAUAAUUAGUGUAAUAUAAAUAAAGUUGGGUAACAAACAACAGUUUUAAGCCCUAAAUUUGCAAAACUUUACUGAUUUUGGCAAAUUUAGGGCUUAAAAACUGUUAAUAUUGAUCAUACCUGUAGUAACACUGUAGUAUGUUAUACUUUUGAAUAUCAAUUAGUUAGCAUGAUCGAUUUUUUACAUGGGGAAAAUGCUUUAUUUGAAAAUUUUUAAAUUUAACUUUUUGUUAAAAUUAUGUUGUUGUUUAAAAAACAGUUAACCCUUUUUGUUGAAAGAAUGGUUUUAAAAUUACAUGUUUCUAAGUCAAGAGUUCAUCUUUUUUUAAGCACAGUGCAGUACUAUUUGUAUAUCAGAGAAUACUGUUUGUUGAUUUUGUGCUUCCUUGCAUUUACAAGAUUUACAUACAGAUAAUAAUGAUAAAUGAUGAUAAAAUAAAAAAGCUCAUGUUUCGUUUGUAAAUUGCUUAUUUUUUUAUUACAUUGAAGUUUUGGAUCCUAUCAAACAUUUUUCUACAGGAUGUAUAUAUUAUACUUUUUGGGACAGUCUUUGGAACGUAUCAACUGUGUAAAAACGGAAAUAGAUGUACUCGAUGUUCACACUGAUGAUUCAAUCAUGGCAUCAAAAUCAAUCAAUGCUUCCCUCAUUCCUGAAGUUCUAAGUACUGUUUCAUCUGUAGUUUCAACUACCUCAAUGUCUUCAGCAUUGUCACUCUCAACUGUCUCAACAACAGAUUCAAUGCCACAUAAUUUACCAAAGAUGCAGUCCUCUAUGACAACAUCCUCUUUAGCAUCUGCUAAUUCAUUAUUACACAAUACUUCAUCGGGAAGUCAAUCUUCAUCUGCUCAUGCAUCACUCUCAUCACAGGUAACAACAGCAUGCAGCUUUCAAGUAGCAGGAAUGCUUACAAAUCCUCAUACUAAUACAAUACAAGUAAUAACUCAACCAGGUGGUGUGAAAGUAAUUGCAGCUCCUAAUCCAUUAGGUAAUAAUACAUCUGUUGGCCAUUCCACUAGUACACCAACAGUUCAGAAUGGUCCUCUUCAUAUUUUAACUUCCACGGCAUCUCUUAUGGCAAUCAGUGCUCAAAAUGCAACAGGAACUUCUAGUGUUGUGACCUCAUCACCAAAGACAACAGGAACUCAGUCUUUAGUGAGAGUAGCUCCUAUUCCUGGAGUAAAUUCUGCAAAACAAUUAAUGCCUCCACUUACUUUAGUGGCUUCUCAGGCUGUAAUGGGUGUUACUCAAGUCACUACUGCAACAAAAUCAAUAAUUAUUAAUCAAGUAGCUGGAUUGACAGGUUUGACAACCUCUUCAGCAGGAACCACAGAAUCCUCAAAUUCUGGAAUUGUUAAAUCUUUAGCAAUAACGUCGUCUUCAACCGUAACCACUACCACAAUGCUAACGGCUAAAGGAUCUAAUCAAGCUGGUAAUGUACUUACGUCGGUAACUACAGCUGUUCCAUCACAGUCAAAUGCAGUUACAGCAUUACAAACCACUAAAUCACUUUCUCACAUUGUUCAAUCAGGUAUGACAGGUAGAAGUAUUGCAACGCCACAGAUUUUACCUACUGCAGUACCGGCAUCUCAGAUCAAUAACGUGGGACGUCAUAUUGUUGCCGCAUCUAUUAAGUCCGUCUCGCCGGCUGCAAGAUCUUCUCUCUCUCAACUUUCUGGUGUUGCUCACGUUACGCACGUUAUGCCUCAAUCACCUGUGGCUGCUUCUGUUGGCCACAUUGUUUCUGCCGGAAGUCACGUGUCGGCAGUGACUCCAUUAGUUACGCCAAUGUCAAUGGUGUCACAUUCUGCAACAGUGCAUCAUCCACAGGUGUAUUCAGCUCAGCCACAGUUGGGGAAAGUCAUCACUUCACCAGUCUUAAAAUCUGUUGGACAGAUACCAAUCAUUCCACAACAGUUCUUGCAACCGGCUGUUGGAUCGGUUGCCGCUCAGCCCGUCGUUGUUGUCAGCAUGGCUGCGGCCUCAAACGGACCUCAGACAUCUGCGGCGACCUCAUCUGCCAACAAACAGCCGGGAACAAUUAAUGUACCAGUGACACAAUGAAGUCGUCGGUGAUAUUUCAAUUUUUGCAUUCUUUAGUCUAAUUAUAUGGUAAUACUUGUUAAUGUUAUCAAAUUUUCUUGAUGUGGAAUGUUAAAAUCUAAAUGGAUGUGUUUUAUUGCCUCCAUUUCAGAAAUAGGAAGGGUCAGAAUUCUUAAUUCAUUCCAUUUUUCCUCUUUUCGUUUGUGUGUGUCAUAAAAUUAUGUGGCGAGAACAAGUGCCCGUCACGCAUUGCAUAUAAUAAUUUGUUGGACAAAUGAACAGGAUGGAAAUCACUCUAAAUAAUUCAAAUUUAAUUUGUAAAAGCAAUGAAGUUUUGUCUUAUACAAUUUAACAAAAAGAUAUUUUCCAUCUAUAAAUAUAUGAUGGAACUAAAUUAACUUAA